GUCUCCCUCCUCCUGGGCGAGCCCUUCUUCACCACCAGCUUGCUGCCGUGGCACAACCUGUACUUCUGGUAUGUCCGGACCGCUGUGGACCAGCACCUGAGGCCUGGCGCUGUGGUGAUGCCCCAGGCUGCCUCACUGCACGCCAUGGUCGUGGAGUUCAGGGACCUGUGGCGGAUCCGGACACCCUGUGGGGACUGCGAAGGCUUCGAUGUGCACAUCAUGGAUGACAUGAUUAAGUCUGCCCUGGAUUUCCGGGAGAGCAGGGAAGCGGAGCCACACCCACUGUGGGAAUACCCGUGUCGCAGUCUCUCUGAGCCCCAGCAGAUCCUGACCUUUGAUUUCCGGCAGCUGGUCCCCCAGCAGCGCUUGUGUGCUGAGGGCACCAUGGAGCUGAGGAGGCCAGGGAGGAGCCAUGGAGCUGUCCUGUGGAUGGAAUACCACUUGACGCCGGAUAGCACAGUCAGCACUGGCCUCCUGGAGCCCGCAGAAGACAAGGGGGAUUGUUGCUGGAACCCCCACUGCAAGCAGGCUGUGUACUUCCUCAGCCCCACGUUGGAUCCCAAAAUGCUGCUGGGCAGUCCUCGGGCAGUGAGCUAUGCUGUGGAGUUUCACCCAGGUUCAGGAGAUGUCACCAUGGAGUUCAAGCUCACAGAUACCUGGAACUGACCCUCCCUUGUUGAGAAAUAAAAUAUCCAGAGUUUGCAGCUGUAAAUGGGUUGUGGCUUUUGGG